GACUUCACACGUAAAAUGUCAACUUUUUCGGAUAACGAUGAAGAAAAACUUAUAAACAUUGUAGCUGGUCAUCCAUUUCUUUACGACAUAUCCAAUCAAAAUUACCGCAAUAAAUUGGUCAAAGAUAAUGUGUGGAAAGCAAUAGGAAAGGAUUUAAAUAAAAAUAGUGACGAAUGUAAAAAGAAAUGGAAGGCUAUCCGCGAUGGAUAUCAUAGAUUCAAGAAAAAACAUAAAUUAGGUACAGGUUCAGCUACUCCUAAACACUCGAAAGGCAAGAGACAUCUGCUGCUAUCAUUUCUGGAAAGUGUUCCCGAACACAGAUCGGGUGGCUCAAAUAUACCUUCGUCACCAAGGGCUCCACAGAGUAAUGAGGAGGAUAGUGUGGACAAUCUACUCAGUUCAAAUGAACAAGAAGGAUCCAAAGAUGGAGCCAUGUCUUAUGCCGAGCAAGAUAGUGACAAUGACGACACAACUAAAGUUGAAACAGAAAAUAAACAGAAAAUAAAUUUAGAUUUCAAAACCAAAGUAUUAAAAGAAGAUUCUAUUUUAAAAGUAUGGAAAGAAAGGGACGAAAAAAGAGAGAGUUUGAUUAAAACAAUAUUGAAAAAGAAGGAUGAUGACAUAGACUUGUUUGUUCGUCACAUAGGUGAAGUUUUGAGAAAUUUGCCACAAGUGGAAAAAGCUCAAGCUAAGAAACAUUUAUAUGAAGUCCUUUCAGAGUACGAGAUAAUGGCAGCUAAAAAGUUGUCCAACUCUUCAUCCACUUAAACUGAUAAUUCAAAGAUUUCUACAUCACUUUCUGCCUUUAGCCUGUCGCCUACACCAAAUUCACAUUCAAAUUCAAUUUGCAUGCCCUAGAUGCCAAUAUAUGGGUUCAUGCGCUUAGCGAAUGUUGUGUGUGUAGUUAUGUUUGGAAUUUUGAAGACACGCUUUUUUACAAGAUCUUUGUAAUCAAGUAAAUUUAAAAUAUAUUAAUGGGUGGAAAGAGAGCUAUAGAGUAUGAAAAGCUGCCGCACCGUCAGAACGUCACUGUCUUUAUAAAGUUCAGAGGUUGGGUAUCUGAAAGGCUUGCAUAACAUUGUUUUUAGGACCGCUCGUUGAGCUCUUUCAAGGCCGAUGAGUGAUGUUUUCGCGGCCCCACCCCAAGAGUUAAUACAAUAAGUGAUAAUGGAUUGGCAAAGAGCAUAAUAAACAUUCAUAAGCAGAUCAAUUUGAGUAGAAUUCCAAAGUUUUUUUAUAAUACCUGAAAUUUUACGGACAUUGCCGCGAGAUCCUGUUUAUCUUCCUAGGCCAAGCAGUGCGCCACAUAAUGAACAAUCACAUUCACCACGACCCACUGAUAGAGGUAAAAUUAGGCCAAGCAGUGCGCCACAUGUAUUGUCGUCAGAUCCUUUUCAACCUGGGCCAAGCAGCGCGCUACACGUACCAUUGCCGCGAGAUCCUGUUUAUCUACCUAGGCCAAGCAGUGCGCGACAUAAUGAACAAUAUCAGUAUCAAUUACAGUACCAGGUCCUGUUCAUAAUAUACAGGCCCCGCUUCUCUAAUAAGUACCGUAGCCGAUUUACCAGGGCCCACAGAUUUGUCUAAUCAAGCGAAUCAAAGCCGUCAUGAACCGUCUGAAAUAAAUGAAGAAUAUUUUGAUUUUAUUAACUUACCUUAAAGUUAGAUAUAAUUUUUCCUCCGCAGUAAUGGCGUGUCGAUUUUUUGGUUGGAUGUCAUCACUAAUAAAACUGAGUAUAAAAUC